UUGCUUCAUGGCCUCCUCUCUCCUCACAUUACUCCUCCUCCUCUUUACCUCUUCUCUCACCGCCGCAGACGACCUCAACCUUCUUCUCUCGUUCAAGCGCUCUCUACCCAACCCCCAAGCACUCUCCACCUGGAUCCCCAACAGAAACCCUUGUUCCUCCUUCACCGGCGUUUCCUGCACCUCCGGCCGAGUCACCGGCGUCGAUCUCUACAAUAUCCCUCUCAACGCCGACUUCCGCACCGUGUCUUACACUCUCCUCGUGCUCGACCGCCUGGAAUCACUCUCCAUUCGCUUUUCAAACCUCUCCGGCAGCAUCAGUCGAGCUUCCCGCUGCGGUGGAAGGAUUUUCGAGCUCUCUCUCGCCGGAAACAAUGUCACGGGGACGAUCGCCGAUGUUGCUGCGCUGGCUUCGUUGUGCUCUGCUCUCCGAUCAUUGAACCUCUCCGGCAACGCGGUUACGGGCUCCGGUGAAAGCGGGUUCAGCUUCCCGUUACUGGAGACACUUGAUCUUUCUUUCAAUAGUAUUUCGUCCAUGGGCGACCUCCGACGAAUCUUAGUUUCUGGCCCCGGAAUCCGCUUUCUUGAUCUUUCGUCCAAUGCCAUCUCCGGCGAGUUUGGCGAUGGUGUGCUCGACGGAUGCGGGGAACUCACCGUCCUCAACCUAUCUUCGAACCAUCUCGCCGGUUCUCUGUAUGGUGACCUCGCAUACUGUUCUUCCCUGCAGGAAGUAAAUCUCUCGGCUAAUAAUUUUUCUGGUGAGAUCCCCAUCGAAACCCUCGCUAAUAUCUCCGAUCUAAGAGUCCUGCUGCUCUCAUUCAACAAUUUCUCCGGCAAACUGCCCAAAUCCCUCCGCAAUAUCACCAAACUGGAAGUUCUUGAUUUCAGCUCCAACGCCUUAUCUGGCUUCAUUCCCUUCAGCUUCAGCAGCAGCUUAAGAGAGAUUCAUUUGCAGAACAAUCUGUUCACCGGCCCCAUUCCGGCAACGCUGAGCAACUGUUCGAAUCUUGAAUCCAUCGACCUCAGCUUCAAUUACCUCACCGGAAAGAUUCCUUCCUCCAUCGCCUUACUUCCUCUGCUCCGGGAUCUCAUCAUGUGGCAGAACCUCCUCGAAGGUGAGAUCCCCGACGAUCUGGGCAACAGCACCGCUCUCCAAAACCUAAUCCUCGACAACAAUGCUCUCGCCGGUUCAAUCCCUUCUGCUCUCAGCAACUGCACCAAUCUCAACUGGAUGUCUCUCUCCAGCAACCACUUCACCGGCGAAAUACCUUCCUGGAUUGGCCGGCUGGAGAAUCUCGCCAUUCUUAAGCUUGGAAACAACUCCUUCUCCGGUUCCAUUCCACCGGAGCUCGGUGACUGCAAGAGCCUCAUAUGGCUUGAUCUCAACAGCAAUCGUCUGAGCGGCACUAUCCCAUCCACUCUCGCUAAACAAUCCGGCAAUAUAGCGGUCGGAUUCGUUACUGGAAAGAGAUUUGUCUAUUUAAAGAACGAUGGAAGCAAGGAGUGCCGCGGCGCCGGAAAUCUCCUAGAAUUCGCCGGAAUCCGACCAGAACAGCUCAAGAGACUACCGAGUCAUCCCUGUAACUUCACCAGAGUGUAUGUUGGGAGCACCAGGUACACUUUCAACAAGAAGGGCUCCAUGAUUUUUCUUGAUCUGUCUUACAAUGAUCUCACCGGCCAAAUUCCAAGUGAGCUCGGUAAGAUGUAUUAUCUCAUGGUGUUGAAUUUAGGCCACAAUAUUCUAUCUGGUCCGAUUCCAGUAGAAUUAGGUAGCUUGCGAUAUGCUGCUGUGUUUGAUCUCUCACAUAAUUCUCUCGAGGGUUCCAUUCCAGCAAGUUUGGGCGGCCUCUCCAUGCUUUCUGAAAUUGAUCUCUCAAACAAUAAGCUCAAUGGAACAAUUCCUGAAUCUGGUCAGCUCGUCACCUUCCCCAGUUACAGAUAUGAGAACAACUCCGGCCUCUGCGGCCUCCCUCUUCUUCCCUGCGACAGAAACUCCUUCUCAAGCUCAAACAAUCAAGAUCCGAAAUCUCACCGCCGGCAAGCAUCCAUUGCUGGCAGCGUCUCGUUAGGGCUUCUUUUCUCUGUUUUCUGCAUCAUCGCCGUCAUCCUCAUCGCAGUAGAGAGCAAGAAGAGGAGCAGAGUAGUAAAGGAUAAUGGAAGCAGCACCAAAGAUAUCUAUGUCGACAGCCUCUCUCAUUCUUCCACCGCUUGGAAGAUGACGACCACGAAGGAAGCCCUCAGCAUCAACCUCGCCACCUUUGAAAAACCCCUUAAAAAACUCACCUUUGCCGAUCUUCUGGAGGCCACUAAUGGCUUCCAUGACAACAGCAUGAUCGGCUCUGGUGGUUUCGGAGAUGUCUACAAGGCUCAGCUCAAGGAUGGCAGCAUCGUCGCCAUCAAAAAACUGAUUCACAUCAGUGGCCAGGGUGACCGUGAGUUUCUUGCGGAGAUGGAGACCAUUGGAAAGAUCAAGCACAGGAACCUGGUUCCCCUUUUGGGUUACUGCAAGGUUGGAGAAGAACGCCUGCUUGUUUACGAAUACAUGAAAUAUGGCAGCUUGGAGGAUGUUCUGCAUAACAGGAAGAAGGCGAACAUGAAGCUCAAUUGGCCAGCGAGGAGGAAGAUUGCCAUUGGUGCCGCGAGAGGUCUGGCAUUCCUUCAUCACAGCUGCAUCCCUCACAUCAUACACAGAGACAUGAAAUCCAGCAACGUGCUUCUUGAUGAGAAUUUGGAAGCGAGAGUCUCUGAUUUCGGAAUGGCGAGAUUGAUGAGCGCAAUGGACACUCAUCUCAGUGUCUCAACGCUUGCCGGAACUCCGGGUUACGUCCCCCCGGAGUACUACCAGAGCUUCCGUUGCACAACGAAAGGCGAUGUAUACAGUUACGGCGUCGUGCUGCUCGAGCUUCUAACCGGAAAACCGCCGACUGACUCUGCCGAUUUCGGCGACAACAACAAUCUCGUAGGUUGGGCGAAGCAGCAUUCGAAGCUCAGGAUCGUGGAUGUUUUCGAUCCCGAGCUUCUGAAGGAUGAUCCGGGGAUGGAGUUGGAGCUGUUGGAGCAUCUUAAGAUAGCUUGUGCCUGCCUGGAUGAUCGGCCUUUGAGGAGACCGACGAUGCUUAGGGUUAUGGCCAUGUUCAAGGAGAUUCAAGCGGGGUCGAUGGUGAGCUCGGCAGCUUCGACCGUCGCCACCGCCGCCUGUUUAGGAGAUGGUUUUACGGUGGUUGAUAUGAGCUUGAAGGAGGAAGGGAAGGAGGAGAAAGAUUGACCAGAGUAGAGUAGAGCAGAGGAGUUGGAUUUUUUACCUCUUUUUUCCCAUAUGAAACUAAGGCAAUUCUUACAAUUACUUCCAACACAUUUGGUAAAAUUUCAUUAGUUUCUCUUAGAUGCAAUUAUUGUAUCAUAUUUGUAGGAAUGCCUGUUUCACAUUUCACACCCUGGUUUCAUGUAUAUAUAAAUAUAUAUAUAUAUAUAUGUGAACUCUCU